UAUAAAACAGUCGCCAUCAAAUAUUUCUGAUAACCUGCAUGGAUCACACUUAGUGCUGGCGUUUACACGGCGCGAAAAAUUCUGCGAAAUUUGCCUAUAUGAAAACCGAGACUUAGGCGCCAGCAAUCUGAAUCAACUCGCCCCACACAACAAUGUCCACUAAAACCGCCAUUCAGAAGCCAAGCACCGCUGCUGUGCAGUUAGACGCCUCUGUGAUCUUCAAGAUCGCGAACCCGACCGCCGGAAACGGUCCGGUAUAUGGGUUCACCGACACUGACGCCGAUGUUUUGCACAUCUCGAAGGCGUUUGCGUUCCCAAACUCCGCCCAGCACGAGAACUAUGACAACUUCACCAAGUUAAAGUCGAAUGUGCGCUUCACCAGCGACCACGCCGAAGCUUUCAAGCGCGCUGAAGACGGUGUGGAAUUCUUGGGCUGGUACCUCACCACUAAGACCGCGGGACGCUUCCUCACAACCCAGUUGGUGGACUCUUUGUACCACCAGACGGUCAAGAACAGCAGCACCUUGUUGCUUGUCAACAACCAGUUCAACACGGGUAACGACUUGAACCUCAAGGCGUACCGCUUGAACGAGUCAUUCCUUAAGUUGUACUCCAACCAAGAAGAGAGAUUCGUCACCAAAAACUUGCAGGAGAACAAAUUGAACUACGACAACUUGUUGGUUGAGGUGCCAGUGGCGGUCCACAGUAACUCGUUGGCGAGCUUGAGUGCGGCGCGCGCACCGGCGCAUCUCGCAACUGUGGCCGCGUCUGCGAACCUCGUGUUGAACAACAAGCACGAGUCGAUCGGCAACGCCUUCGAUCACUUAUUGGACCAGAUCGAUGAUCUCAACCACGACCUCAACAAUUUCAACUACUUCCAAAGAAACCAAACCCGCGAGACCACCAAAAUCAAGCAGUGGGUCAAGCAGCAGGAAGCCAAGGGCGCCGACACCAACUGGGAGAAAUCUGGCCAGUUCAAAUUGCCAUAUGAGCCGUCCAGAUUCGAAAACUAUGUCAUUGGAAACUCUAUCAGGGGCACCUGUGCCGACUUGUACGGUGAGUGUGAGGCUGAGUUGUUGAAGGCCAGUGUGGUGGAGAAGAGCCUCUAGGGUUUGUGUGCAUUAGCGAACAAGGCGUUGAAACCUUGUAUAUUCAAUUACGUAGGGCUCUAGAUAGCUUUGUAUAUUCUUAAUUCAGGCUACCGAAUGGGGCCG